UGGGUUGUUUUCCCCGGAACACGCAGAUCGUUCCAGGAAAAAUGAAAACCUGGUGAAGAGAAAUGGGAGUGGGGAGAUGAUUACAAUCUAAGUGUGUGUGUGUGUGUGUGUGUGAAAAAAAAAAGGAGAAGAAGAGAAACUUUCAAAAAGAAAAUUCAGUGCGUCCCAGUGUACAAAAAAAAAAAAACAUUAAUGAAAUUAAUCAAACGGGAAAAAAAGUUCGUGAAUGAGUUGUGCGUGUAUUUGGCCCGCUAAAUGACGUAAUCGACCGAAACCCAGACUCUUUUCGUGUGUGUGUGUGUGUGUGUGUUCCUAAGCAAUUUUUUCUCAAGGCUCUUACGUGAUGUUACACUCAAUUGCCACAUAAAAUACAAGUUUACCCGCACAAAAGGAUCGAUUUCAAAAUUGGCGCUUCACGACAGCAGACGACAACUAUCGCCCCGCAUUAUUUAUCAAUCGAUUUAUCCAGUUUUCUUCCACCCUCCUGCCCCAGCCCAAAAAAACAAAGUCAAAAUAUGUUGGGAGGUGGCAGCAGCAGCAGCAGCAGCAGCGGAGGAGCUUUCUCUUGUUCUUCCUCUCCAGCAUUGCCGCCAGCUAGACGCCAUCACCAGCAGACAGCUGCUGCUGCUGCUGCCGCUACAGCCGCUAUCGUUGCAGCCUCUACUUGCUGGAGUCCUACCAAUCCAUUCAACGUAUUGUCCAGCGGAGGUUCAGUCGUCGUUCCAUCAACGGCCUCGGAGGAUGCGACAGUAGAAGCAGCGGCCGUCCCGCCUCAUUUCUCGUACGCCAACGCUUGGACGACGCAGCCGAUCCAGCGCAAACGGCCGGGCUGUUCGUGCGAUCACGAAGAUUAUCAGGCGGCCGAAGCGACGUCCAACGGAGGCGGAGCUUACUACGAUUAUCCGUUUGUGGGCGAUUGCGAGCACGUCGAACCGCUCGACUUGUCGCUGCCCAAAGUGAAGGUGCGUCAACACUGGUCGGGCGGGUCUAUUGUCCAAGUGAACGAUUCGACCAUCAUCAGCAUAGACAGGCGGCCGGACAGGCCGGCCGAUUUGUGUUGCAGUGGUUGUGUUGCCUCCGACGUGGCUGGCCCUUCGCCGUCCAGAUUGAAUGUGUCGGUGGUGACUGUGCCGCAGCAGAGACAGUCAUGCUGGCCUUCGUCGUCCGCUUUCCAGCCAGCGACCAUCGAUCGACAACAUCCGUUCCGGCUCCAGAUUGAAAUCCCGUUCGGUGCUAGUGACGAGAAAGUGUUGCCCGGCUUGUUGCGUCAUCAUCACCAUCAUCGGCGGAAGUCUGUUCACACGGCUGCCAACAACAAUAGCAAUCCGGUGGCUUCUUCCGGUGGCAGCGCGUUGCAAUUGCAUCCGCCGGAAAUGUGCACCUCCGUCACGACGGAGGGCGGAGUGGCCGGCACGCGAGAAGACGACGAUUUGCAACGCUUGUCCGUCGUAGCGCAUCAACUCCGCCUGUCCGGAUAUUAUUACGGACACCUUUCCUGGAAAGAAUCCGCCCACCUCUUGCAAAACACAAAGGUGGGGACGUUUUUAGUUCGCGAUUCUUCAGAUGCCCGGUACCUGUACGCCCUGAGCCUUCAAACUGACAAGGGUCCAACUAGCGUGCGAAUUCAUUACUCGAGUCGAGGAUUCCGGCUGGAUGCCAGCAGCACGGGCAUGGCUGACCACCUGCCACGUUUUCGCACCGUCCUCGACCUGGUCGAUCAUUACGUGGCUAAAUGGUCACAGUGUCGUGACAAGGGACAGUUUUGGUUGGAUAAUAGCGGUCAGGUGCAUUCGGAAGUUGUGCUCAUACGGCCGUUGAGGCGCGAUUGCCCGUCGUUGAAACAUCUGUGCCGGCUGGCGUGGAACUGUCGCCAAACGUCCAGUGCCAAUUCGUCUUUAUCGCCAUCGUCUUCCGUCAACAUACCUCCCACCAUCAAGUCUUUUUUGGACGAGUAUCCCUUUCAACAUUGAAUUAUUAUUAUUAUUUUUUUUUCUAUUGGCUCAUUUGCAUUUUUUGGUGAUAGAAAAAAUGCGGGGCUUACCGAAAACAAAAAAUAAUUCAACAACAUUCCCCCCCCUUCUUUUUUUUAUUGAAUUUUUGAAAAUGUGUGGUUUUUCGGUUCACAAAGUCAAUCGCGUUUCAAUUGUUUUUUUUUCCUCGACCAAUCGUGAAUCUGCGUGGAGGAAGAGCGAAUAUUUUUGUUUUGUUUCGAAAUCCUGGCCAAAACGACAGUGCAUUGAUUCAUUUUUUACGUCUUGUGUAUGUACAUAAUUACGUCAUCUUUAAUUAUCGUUCGAUGUGUAAGCAUUGGAUUUCUGUCAUCAUAGAUAUACUAUGCGUCAACGAGCUUUUCCUCCCAUUUUGAUCGCCGUUUCAUUUCUUUUUCUUGCAUGUCUGAUGUGUGUGUCUAUACGUGAGAAAAAGAAACGCAAAAAACAUCCCUGCCAACAAUUCGCUGUUUUGUUUUUUUAAAUUUUUUUCACCCCAAAAUUUAUUUGAUUUAAAGAAAACGAAAAUUUGUAUUUGAUUAAAUCUAAAUUUCCUUUUUUUUAAAUCGAAAUUCAAAUUGUAUACGUUCGUUAAUUGUUUUCGUGUUUCCUCCCGGGCUCAGCAUCAUUUCUGAAAAUCGUUUGGAAACACACAAAAAAAAAGAAGAAGAAGAAGAAGAUGAGAGAAAGAUGAAAAAGAGAAUGAAAAAAGAAAGAGAAUUCUAUUGAAAUUCCCUAUAUAAUACAGUUUUAUUCUAUAUGUGAAA